AUGCCGGUUGCUACACCCCACACUGCCGUCCCAGGCCAGCACGACCAAUCACAGCUCGCGCACGCAAGCUCCAAUGGCGUCAACGGCAACCAUGCUACUGCUCUGAACGGAACCAAGAAUGGAGUCGCACCGGGCUCAUCCAUCAUUGAGGACAUACUGGCCAGAAGGACCAAGGCCGGAAAGCUCGUUGCUGGAGUUGCAGCUGCUUCAGAUAGCGAUAUGUGGAAGGGGCCCCAAACCGGAAAACCAAAGGCAAAGCGCUGGGACAGCCAUCUCAGCAAGGAAAGCUUAGAGCGAAAGCCAUGCACCCUCAAGCUAGCAGCAAAGCACCUCAAGAAGCCUGGUCUCAUUUCCCUCGGCGGCGGCCUGCCUUCCAGCGAGACUUUCCCAUUCGCUGAGUUCGCCAUGAAAGUUCCCAUUGCUCCUCACUUCUCCGAAGACGAAACCCUAGAAAACGGGCAGACUGUCACCAUUGGAAAAUACGAUGUGCGCGACCACGACGCCGUUUACGACUUAUCCAUUGCCCUCAACUACGGCCAGUCUACCGGCUCGGCGCAAAUGUUGCGCUUCCUCACCGAACACACCGAGAUUGUGUGCAACCCUCCUUAUGCAGACUGGCGCAUCUGCCAAACCAUUGGCAGCACCGGCGCGCUAGAGCAAGCUCUCCGAAUGCUCUGCGACAAGGAUCGGGGCGAUUCCGUUCUGACCGAGGACUUUAGCUUCUCGACCGCUCUGGAGACCAUUGCCCCUCUCGGUGUCAAAGCCUUUGGAACCCCCAUCGACAAUGAGGGUUUAGUACCAGAGGCCAUGGACAUGCUCCUCACCAACUGGGACGACAAGGAGCGUGGCGCUAGAAAACCCCAUGUCUUGUACACGGUCCCGUCUGGCCAGAACCCCACGGGUGCUACUCAGGGCACCGGGAGGAGAAGGGCCAUCUACGCCGUCUGCCAAAAGCACGACGUCUUCAUCAUUGAGGACGAGCCGUACUACUUCCUCCAGAUGCAGCCCUACGCCGGCCGCAACCAGCCUGACGCUCCUCCCCCCCGUACCGUUGAAGAAUUUGUAUCGUCCUUGAUCCCGACAUAUGUCAGCAUGGACAUUGACGGCCGCGUCUUGCGCAUGGACUCUUUCUCCAAGGUUCUGGUGCCCGGCUCGCGGCUCGGCUGGGUGGUUGGCUCGGAGCAAAUCAUCGAGCGGUACCAGCGUCACGCCGAGGUAGCCAGCCAAGGACCCAGCGGCUUCUCCCAAAUCAUUCUUUACAAGCUCCUUGACGAAACGUGGGGCCACGAAGGCUACCUUCGGUGGUUGAUGAACCUGCGCAUGCAGUAUACCAAGAGAAGGGAUGCCCUGCUCGCUGCAUGCGAGGAGCAUUUGCCCCGGGAUAUCGUGACCUGGACCCCCCCGGCCGCGGGCAUGUUUUUGUGGCUCCACGUAGACUACGCCAAGCACCCUCAAGCCGCCACCAAGUCCCUCACCGACGUCGAAGAAGAGAUUUUCAACUCGUGUAUCGACGGCGGCGUCCUCGUUGCCCGAGGUUCCUGGUUCCUGGCCGAGAAGGAGAAACCUAUGCCGGGAUUGUUCUUCCGCGCCACAUAUGCUGCUGCCAGCGCAGAGAACAUGAAUGAGGCCAUCAAGCGAUUCGGCCAGGCUGUGCGUCAUAGUUUUGGCAACUAG